GUCGAGUUAAAGCUCUCCAAUGAGUCAAUGACUGCCCUAUCACUCACAGCCUCACCCUCUCUCUACUCGCUUUUCCCGAUCGCGUGGAGUCCACGCUCCGCUCCUCCUCCUCCUCCCUCCCGCGCCGCCACUCUCGGCCCCUCUCUCUCUCCACGAAUAUCGAAUAUCCGAGAAGUUCGCCGGCGAUCGUUCGUGGCGAUGUCCGGGGGUAUCCUCCGUCCGAAUUCGCCGGAGGUGAUCGAACUCGAAGACGAAUCGGAUUUCGAGAAGAUCCUCGCUUCGGACGGUCGGAUCUCCAUCUGCGGCUUCGGCUCUCUUCUCUCCGAGAAAAGCGCGAGGAGUACGUUUCCCGAUUUGGAGAAUUUCAGAGUCGCGAAAUUGAAUGGAUUCCGGCGAGUUUUCGCGCACGUCGCUCCCAUCUUCUUCGAGCGCGGGAUCGCGAAACCUGAAACUAAGGAGAUCUCGAGCUUGAGUGUAGAGCCAUGUGAAGGAGAGAGCCUUGUAGUGACCGUCUUUGAGAUCACAAAAAUAGAGAUUCCAGCUUUUAUCCAACGCGAGCUUGAAUUCCGGUUUCUUGCUGUCUUACCCGAAACGCUGGAAGGAGAACCUUUCAUGAAUCCAGCGGUACUUUGCGCCAGAUACAGUGACGAGGAAUUUUUCCAGGUUAGAUGCAAAGGGAGUAAAGAGGCCUACUUUCAACAUUAUGGAAGACACAACAUCGAGAAGAUAUGGAGAGACGACAUCUUACCUUGCCGUGUUUAUCUGAGACACUGCGUAUUGGCAGCUAAGAACGUAGAGGAGAGAGCAUACAACAAUUUUAUGGAUCAUACGUAUCUGGGAGACAGGAAAACGACAAUACGCGAGUAUUUGGCUACAAAGGGUAAUGGAAUCAUGGAAGAGGAGCCUCCUGAAGCCCUCAAAUCCAGAUACGGUGGUUGAAUCCCAUCGAAUAAAAAAAAAAGGGCUCCUGGUUUAAUCAAAUUUACUUCUUGUUUCAAAUUAGAUAUACAGGCCAACUUCUUACAUUUGAAAAUUCUCUCCAUCAAUAAAUCAAAUUACAAACAUAUGUACUUGUGAUUUAACGUGUGUCGUUCUCUAUAAAUGUUCCCACACCAGGAGAUUGUCGA